AUGGACAACGGAGAGAGCUCCUCAUUGAACCCGCCCCGGUCGAUGCCUAUUUCCACCUCGUCCAUUCGAUCCACGUCGCCGGCGCCGGAGGCAAACCGACAGGCCUCGAUUGCUCGACUUGCGUCGCCGAUCCCUUCGCCAUCGCUGGGGACUUCGCUUUCAUCUCGACCAGGAGUCCCCGCCAACCGCUCCGUCUCCAUAUCAAACACCAACACCGCCUUCAACACCGAACAAAAUUUCCGAUAUGUGGACAACCCGUCCUCGCUCCCGGGUCCCGGUCAGUCCAUGAUUGCUUCUCAGCUGCAAGAGAGCUUCGGCCGCUCGCCCCCGAACUUCGGGACUCCAUCCCGGGUGGCUGCGUCCCCCGCGCUGCAAGCGGUUCACGAUAACCGACCUGUAGGCUCUCAAUAUGGCUCCUUCGACACCAAGAACGACUACGAGUCAAAUGGGCCGGCACCAUUUGAAGAUCCGGAAAUUGUGAGGAGACAUCUGGUUAUGCCACCGAAUGUCUCGGAAAACCGAGACGCCCCCUCGGAGCUGGGGACCAGCAUCGGCGACGACGAAUUCUCCAGCUUGCAGCUCCAGGGUGGGGAUAUCACCCGGCAAGUGUAUAAGUGGGCCGAGGAUGCGGAGGCUGAGGCCGCAGGUCGUUUCGCCCGCAGCAAGAGUUUCAGCGUCAGUCGGCCUACCCCUGAGGUAGAGACAGAAGAUAUCCACACGAUUCGGGUUCCUGGUGGUUUCCGUCGAGAUUUCCUGCGUAGAACGGCGGGAAGCCCGCAUCGUGGAAGUACUCAAGGGUCAACUACGGGAGGAGCUCCAGCACCUCCUCAACUUCCCACGACAAGCUUCAUCGAGUUUUUAACACUUUAUGGUCAUUUUGCCGGUGAGGAGUUAGAGGAAGAUGAUGAGGUGCUUGGUCCAGAUGAGUACUUUUCAUCGGACACCUGGGAUGAGCAAGAUGAAAGCAGACAGUCUGGGGAAGAUGCUGCACUGCUUCAAGGGGACAUUGCCGGUCGUCGAAAGCGCAAGCAUAAACAGCGUGCCCCUGCUGGCAACACUACCACAACCGGUGCGGUCAUGUUGCUCCUCAAGUCUUUUGUGGGAACUGGAAUUUUAUUCUUACCCCGCGCAUUCUUGAACGGAGGUAUGCUGUUCAGCAGCAUGGUGCUGCUGGGAGUCUCGUGUCUGAGUUACUAUGCCUUUAUCCUGCUAGUAAAUACUCGCAUGAAGAUCGAAGGCUCCUUUGGUGACAUUGGCGGAAUCUUGUACGGGAAACACAUGCGACGCAUCAUCCUGGGAUCGAUUGUGCUGAGUCAGUUGGGAUUCGUUUCGGCAUAUAUCGUUUUCGUUUCACAAAACCUGCAGGCGUUUGUCCUUGCCGUGAGCAAGUGCAAGUCCUUCAUUGACAUCAAGUUCAUGGUGGUGAUGCAACUGGUCAUCUUCUUGCCUCUCUCUCUAAUCCGCGAUAUCAGCAAGCUUGGGUUCACCGCACUCAUCGCAGACGCGUUCAUCCUGCUGGGUCUGCUGUAUAUCUAUUACUACGACGCCAAUACCCUUAUUGGGAAUGGCGGCAUCUCGGAUAUCGUCGACUUUAACCCGGCCACCUGGUCUAUGUUCAUCGGAACGGCGAUUUUCACCUACGAAGGUGUCGGUCUCAUCAUUCCCAUCCAGGAAUCGAUGAAGCAGCCCCAUCGGUUCCCUGGUGUUCUUGCUGGCGUCAUGGUUGUUAUUACUUUGAUCUUCCUGUCGGCCGGCGCUCUGAGCUAUGCUGCCUACGGAUCAGCCACGAAGACAGUCAUUCUCCUCAACCUGCCUCAAGAUGACAAGUUUGUCAAUGUGGUUCAGCUCCUUUACUCGCUGGCGAUUCUGCUGAGCACACCAUUGCAACUCUUCCCUGCCAUCCGUAUCCUCGAGAAUGAGCUGUUCACCCGCAGCGGCAAGUACAACCCAUUUAUCAAGUGGAAGAAGAAUGCCUUCCGGUUCUUUUUGGUUAUUUUGUGCGCUAUCGUCGCUUGGGCUGGUGCCGAUAAUCUAGACAAGUUUGUCGCACUAGUCGGAAGCUUCGCUUGCGUUCCCUUGAUCUAUGUUUACCCGCCCCUCCUUCACCUUCGAGCCUGUGCCAGAUCUCGACGCCAAGCAAUUGCCGACAUGACCCUGGCUGUUUUUGGUACCAUCUGCUGCAUUUACACAACCGGACUCACUCUUCAAAACUGGGUUGGAGGCGAAGUUGCCCCAAGCCCUGGCUACUGUGAUUCCGUUUAG